CCCUUGUGGACUUAGUUGUAAUUUUCCAUAAAACUUGCACCUCUAAGUUCCAAGUUGACAAGAAUGGAAUAUUUACCCAAAACUUAUUAUUGUUAGCUGAGUUCUGUUGUUUCUUGAAAUAUUUCAUCUGAUCGAAUAAUAGUGAUAAAUCAUGUGUUUUGAGAAAAGGAAAAGAAGAAAAGAAGCAGAGUGAGUGAUUUAGUGUGCGUGGAAAACAAUGAGUGUUUCUUUGACUGUUAUGACCUUUAAUCUUUAUGAUGAUCAGCCUCAAGAUAGCCCAAAUUCCUGGGAAACGAGAAGAGAUUUGUGUAUAAGUGUUAUCACCAGUUACUCCCCUAUGAUUCUUUGUACUCAACAAGGUGUAAAAUCACAGCUAGAUUAUCUUCAGCAGGGCUUGCCAGGUUAUGAUCAAUUUGGAAUAUCAAGGAAGGGAUCUCAAGACACUUCAGAUGAGCACUGCACCAUUUUCUAUGAGAAGGAGAAGGUAGAGCUGCUAGAAGGUGGGACAUUUUGGUUAUCAGACGCACCUUCUGUUCCAGGUAGCAUGUCAUGGGGUGCUGCAGUUCCAUGUAUUGCAACAUGGGCGACAUUCCAAUUGAAAGGAGUUGAGCCGCCAGGCUUUUCAUUUCAGAUAGUAAAUACAAAUAUGGAUGAAUUUAGUCCUCGUGCCCGUAGACGAAGUGCUUUACUCACUUGGCAACACAUUGCAUCCUUACCUCCAAGCUUGCCAGUUGUGUACUGUGGAGGAUUUAACACACAGAAGGAAUCAACUACAGGACGUUUUCUUCUCGGGAGAUCGAGAGAACAUGGUGCAGUGGGAGAUAUGCGAGAUGUGUGGCCCAAUGCUCGAGUUAGGAAAAAUGGUUCCCUUAUUCGCACUUAUCAUGGUUUCAAAGGUGACAAGCAAGGAGCUCUUGAAUUCCUCAAGUUGAUACUGAGAGCACUCUGCCUCUGCUGGGACCGCCAAACUCAGGAUCUACAUGUGGAUUGGAUUCUUUUUAGAGGUAGAUCUCUGAUUCCUUCCUUGUGUGAAGUGGUGAAUGACAAUAUCGACGGGUACUAUCCUUCCUCGCAUUAUCCAAUAUUUGCUGAGUUUGUGCUUCCUCGUUCUGUGAGACCACUUGAACCACCUCCUACGCAAGAAGAUAACUGAAUUUGCCAAUUGAUUUGAAGUCCUCUCACAUUUUCUUCCUUGAUGUUCUCUAUCAUUCCAAAAGCUUCAUUAUUCAUUUGAUUGUUAUGAGCAUUUAGGCAGCUGUUUUGAGCAUAAUAUUUGGUCUGGUUACACAACGGUCUUCAAGUGGAUGUAUUCUUCUUUUUUUCUGCUUGUAUCUAAAGCUCCAUCACUUCCCUUCAAGAAAUAUGCUGGGGGAAGGCAAAGUCUCCAUGAAGUUUUACUGCGUGAGCAUACUUUAUGAAUGCUCUUCCAAAUUAAGUUAGUGCUUUUCCCUUCAUGAGCAUUUCAUGGAGGAGUAAACAAGUUUUUCAAGAUUACCAAAUUCUGAGAUGCAUCAAAUCUCAAUGUCAGAUCAUUUUUUCUCAUGUA